GAUUAUUAUACAGAUGUCACUCUUAAAGGACUCAUACUUGUUAUGAUAUUUGCUGGAUCUGAAACAAUUGCAUGGACUUUAGAAUGGGCCAUGUUGAAUUUGUUGAACCAUCCAGAAGUAUUAAAGAAAGUUAGGGCGGAAAUCGAUACGAAAAUCGGUUUUGACCGGUUAAUAGAUGAACCGGAUACUAUAAAUCUCCCUUAUCUACAAAUGAUUGUGUUGGAGACCCUACGUUUUUACCCGGUAGCUCCAACACUUGAUCCACAUAUGCCGUCAGAUGAUUGCAUGUUGGCAGGAUACGACGUUCCACGUGGUUCGAUGUUAUUGGUGAACAUAUGGGCCAUGCAUAGAGACCCGUCUAUAUGGGAAGACCCAGAAAUGUUCAAGCCAGAGAGGUUCGAGAAUGAAAAGCAAAAGCAAAAGUUGUUAUCGUUUGGGAUUGGACGACGAGCUUGUCCCGGCAUUGGCCUAGCUCAUCGGGUAGUGAGCUUGGCUCUUGGAUCGAUGGUUCAGUGUUUUGAGUGGCAGAGAAUUGGAGAAGAAUAUGUUGACAGUAGAGAAGAACCCAUGACCUUGAUGCGUCCGGCCACACCGUUGCUAGCUAUGUGUAAAGCUCGACCCAUUGUACACAAGAUUCUAGUCAGUUAGGGCAUUUCAACGAGCAUAUUAGUGAAUGAAUUACCUUUUAUGAUGUAUGAUAAGUAAAUUUACAUGUUAAUCCUAGCUCGAAUCUGCAUGCAUUGUCAUAGAUAUAUGCAUUGGA